CCUUCAAAAUCUAAUAUUAAUAAAGAUUUUGAAACUUCUGAAAUUUCAAAUCAAUUUGAUUAUCAAGAUGAAAGUAAUAAUCUAGAAGAUAGCAUUUUAUAUAAGUUAAACAAGUUAGAAGAAUUAGUUGCCAUGCAUUUUGUGAAUGAAGAAAGUCAAGAAAUAAAAUUUUUAAAUACAUUUGAAUUUGAGGAUGAAUUGAUUGACAAUUUCCAAGUUCUAAACGAUAAUAUUAAGGCCAAAAUUCGUAAAUUAA